AUGGCAGCAUGCGAAAACGUUUUGCAAACAUGUGAUCCAAGUUUGACUCCAGUCGCAGCUAACAGAUCGGAUACUUUUACAUCAAGGAUAGCUAUCGACUCAUCUGGACAGGUCGGUUCGUUCUAUGAUGCAUAUAACGAUCGAGUACUAUCUGAUUCAAAUAAAAUUGCCGCUGAAAAACGAACUGCUUCAACGAAAAGACCAGAAUGUAUCUGGCAAUCAGUCAAUCUCGAUAAACCUUACAAUCUUUUAAAACAGAUGAAUAUGAAUGACGAACAACGAUUGAAUAUUGCAUUACAAAUGACAGAACCAAGUGGAAUCGGCGCAUUAAUCAAUUAUACUGGUCGAAUCGAUAAAUAUACUCGCUUUCUCCGCUACACGUACUAUAGUAGGACGGAUUACUUGCCAGAUAAUUUAUUUAAUUCACUCAAUAGAACCGAACUACAAAGAGCAGAUGCUCAGGCUACCCAUAUGAUUGUAUUAGUGAAUUGGGGCAUCGGCGCGGUUGCUGUUUUACAACUGCCUUCUGAUGACCAACAAACUGAAGGAAGCGAGUACGCCCUUCAAAAAAUAUGUAAUUCCUUGAGCGAUGAUUGCAGUGGAUUGAACCUUUCCAACGAAGACGAAGCCUUUCUCAAAAAAAUUUAUUGUACGAAAGUCUUCUCAAACAUAUCGAAACUCACUGAAAUCAAUUCGAUAAUUGAAUUUCAUGACAAUAUUCAAUUAUUAAAGUCGAAUGGCGAUUCUCUCAGACCUUAUAAUUAUAAUCUUUAUCCCAUUGAAACUUCUUAUAUUACGAAUAAUGGACUACAAUUUAAAUUAAUUGAAUUUCCAAAAGGCAGCAUACUUAAAAUCGAAUCUUAUUUAUUGCCAUUGAUACUCAAAUUCAACUGGUUAAACAAAAAUAUGCAUCAGGAUUUUCAAAAUGUACGCCAGCAUCUAAAAAACGAACAUAAGAAAAUACUCACAGGUUGGGAAGACUCGGAAAAGAUGUACGAACUUGAAAUUAAUCGGAUCAGAAAAUUACUUGAAGCUUUCCGUCGGGGUGAGAUUGAUGAGAAAACAUUUCGCCAAGACAUACAGCAAGAUCAAACCACAAAGCUUAGUUAUAUCCUAAGCAAUGAUAUUGAAGGUGUGAAAAAAAUGAUGAAAAAAGAAAGUCUUAUCAAAUCUCUCUUAAUUGAAGAAUUCAUUUACACGAAUGCUAAAGAUCAAGGCAUAGAAAAAAACGACGAUAUACAAACUCUUGAACGUAAGCUGUUGAAAGACGUUGGGUGUGUGCGUCUGAUCUGCUCUAAUGAUAAUUUAUAUGCAAAAAAUCAAACACAGUGGUGUGAACAUCGUGAGCAGAUGCUUAAAGAACGUAAGGGAAACAAAAAUAUACAAUUGGUCUACGCUGAUUUCUCCUAUUGCUCGUACGAGUUGAAUGAGUUUAUAACGCUACCAAGGACUGAAGAAACGAAAACAGUAACUACUCCACCGCCAAAGAAAAAAUUAACAUUGCAAAAAGCAACAUGCGAUGAGAGUAUUAAUAUUUUACUUCUUGGUGAAUCAGGAGUAGGUAAAUCUACUUUCAUUAAUGCUCUCGUUAACUAUCUGAAAUUCGACAAUCUUAUGCAAGCGACGAAGAAUCUGACGGUACUCAUCCCUGUUUCCUUCACAAUUGCGAUGGGUGAUAAUUUUACAGAACAUGCAAUCAAGCAUGAUGGAGAGGAUACUGUAAGCAAUGAAGAUCACCAUGAUCUUGGUAAAUCAAUAACUCAACAUUGCAAAUCAUACGUCUUUACUCUUCAAGACGGCAAAAGUCGUGGGCAAAAACUGCGUAUUAUCGACACACCCGGGAUAGGUGAUACGCAAGGAUCAAAUCAAGAUGAUAAAAAUAUGCAACAUGUUUUGUCAUACAUCAAUAAUCUGACACACUUGAAUGCUAUUUGUAUCCUCUUGAAACCCAACAAUUCACGACACACCGUAUUCUUUCGUUCGUGUUUUACACACCUGAUCGAUAUGUUGGGCGAAAAUAUUUGCGACAGAAUCAUAUUUUGUUUUACCAAUGCACGUUCUACAUUCUAUACACCAGGAGACACAGGACCACUUCUAAAAGCUUUACUUAAUUCAUUGCCGGCUAAACGCAUUCCUUUUUCCAAAGAAAAUACAUUCUGUUUCGAUAGUGAAUCAUUUAAAAUAAUAGGGUCAGACAUGNACAUCUGGUUGAGCAGCUUCAACUGCUCAAAACCCAUUAUGAAAAAGCGAAUAAGAAAUUAG